AUGCUUUUUGAGCCGUCAGGCGUGCUCCGCUCCGACUACGGGGCCUACUGCCACGCACUUGGCGUCACUGAGCGGGAGGAGCUGUACCAGUCCAUUUUCACCGACGAGGAGCGACGACAUGAGGAGGGGGCCAAAUACCUCGCGGCGCAUCCUUACCGCAACGCCCUCGUCAACCUGGAUACAACGGAUCCGUCUUUGUUCGCAGUGCAGCCGUUAACAUCCACCAAUCCUCCCUCUGCCACAACGCGUGCGGCCGUUUCCUUGGGACGUAGCACGUCCGUUGGGAGUGUGAGAACCAAAAAAAAGGGUUCCACACGUGACAACGCGGGAAUGCCUUCCCCCGCCGCAGCUCCGCCGACGCUUACAUUUAUCUCGAUGCGCCACCUCAAGUUCUGCCUCAACGAGCGUGACGUCAGACCUUUGGCGCUCGCCAUACCGUAUUGCGUCUCACUUGUUUCCGUUGAGUUUGUUGGCUGUGGGUUGUCCGAGGAGAGCUAUUUUAUGCUUGUAAAGGCGAUCUACACGAGUCGCCGCGUGGCCUCUGUAACAAUUGACUUCAACGGUACCUUCAAUUCAGGCUUCUACACGGAUCCCACCAUCACUUCCCCAUCAAGUCUCCGAACAUCGACACGGGUGGAAAGCGCGGCGCUUGUGUAUCCCGCACAUGACCUCUCGUUGAGCCAACCACUCGCAGACUCCAUGACGGGGAGUCUACAUCGCUCUUGUAUGCUGGGAAGUGGAGGCCCCGUAACGGGCACAAGAAGUUCACAGUUGCUGAAGAAAUGGAUUGGCGCCGACGCACCCACCUUUCUCCCCACAGAGUACAGAGGCUUCAAAGGCCUGCUGUUGUCGCUCGAGCAACAGGCUCGCGAGGAAAAGGGACGGAAGGGAAAAAUAGACUCUAAGAGGCAGACACAGCUUCAACAGCAGCAGGAUACCCUUGCACAGAUUGACAAGGAAAACCCUGUUCUUGUCCCACGUGGGUGGGCCGCUAUGUUGCUGACUGGCAUAAAGCACCUGAGCCUACGGGGGAACGGUAUUACAAACGACGAUGCUGCAACCAUGGCAUCGUUGCUGCUUUGUCAUCCACGUAGUGAGCUCGUCAGCCUCAAUUUGUGGGGCAACUGCAUUGGCGAUGAUGGCGCUGUGGCUCUUGCACAAAUGCUGAAGGAGAACCGCACGUUACAAGCACUGGACUUGGGUCAUAAUGAUAUUGGGGACGUGGGACUCCUUAGUUUGGUGGACUGCUUUCGCAUGCAGGAAAUGCCAUUCGAGAAGCUGCAGAUGUACCGCAAGCGGUAUCUCUUGCGUCGUGAUGCGACGAUGCAAGAACGGCAGCUGGCGACCACGCCUCCCCCAACGUACCCAAGCUACCAAGAGGUUUACACGGCGUGGUACCAAACCAAAUACCCUGCUGUUGGCGAGGAAAAGAAGGAGUCUAAAAAAGGCACGCAAGCAAAAGCCAAAAAGACAGAGCCCGUCUUGUCCCGCCCCACAUCACCGUUUGACCGUGAUUGCUUUCGAAUGGAGCACACCGUGCGGGUACCCGGCAAUACUGUUUUGCGCUGCGUCAAUCUUGGAAAUAACCGGAAGGUGACUUUGGACGGUGCGCGUGAGGCACUGCGUGUUUUGUCGCUUCGCGAGCCUGCGGAGGAGAGUGAGAUGUCGACACUUCAGAGCUGCGCGGUACAGCCACCGGAGCUUUAUUGUGCCGCCAUCACAUUACGCACCUUUGUGAUUCUGCACAGCGGCGAUCCGGGCCUGCGGGCGGUGCAGCGGGAUUUGAGCGACAUGCUCUACUGGCGGCUGCUUCUGCUACCACGGGCUCCUCUCGAGACUGAAGAGCCCGGAGAUGAGGUAAAGAAGAAGUCUUCUCGAAACAAGAAGUGA